AUGUUUAAAAAAAAAAAAGUCCAAGUGUGACUGGGCAACAUACCAAAAAUAACAGUGGAAAAAUUAUUGGGACAAAUACUAUGAGAAGAAAUUUUUUAAAAUACUUAAAAAUCCAAUGGAAGAUAUCUUUGGCUGCUUACCACCAUGUUUAACUACUUCUAUUGUUGGAAUCUGCUGGAGGUGAUCAUCAGCUGCCACACACACACACAAAUACACACACUACACGCACCGGGAGGGAGGAGUGACUCCGGGAGGGGCGAGCGAGCGGCUUGAAAAGGCCGACAGAAGUUGGAGGAGCUGCAGAGUGACACCGUAGAGCUGACCGGAAGCUUGUCAAUCAUGGAAGCGGAGCAUUUAAGCGGUGGCGCCGGUGGCGCCGGGGUCAAACCCGAGCGGGGCAACAGCCGGCACUAUAGGACUGCCUUGAUUGUGUGUGCGUGUCUCUGCGGGAUUCUGCUGCUUGCACUCAUCGUGGUUUCCCAAAGAAGCAAAGAGCAGCAGUUCUGUCUGACCUCGGAGUGCAUUGAGGCAGCUGGAGCCAUCCUGAGCAAAAUGGACAAAUCGGUGGACCCCUGCGAGGACUUCUACACGUUCUCCUGCGGUGGUUGGCUGGAGAACAAUCCAAUUCCCGAAGACUCGUCCACAUACGGGAUCUACCCGUGGCUUCGCCAGCAGGUGGACGUGCGACUCAAAGACUUACUGGAAGCUCCCGCUGAACCCGACGAGUUGGAGGCAGUGACCAAGGCCAAGAUUCUCUACCGCUCCUGCAUCAACGAGAGUUUACUGGAGGAGGUGGACGCGCAGCCCGUGCUGAGGACGCUUCAGCAGCCCGACUUCCGCUGGCCCGUGUUGGGCGAUGGCCUGGGCGGCGACUUCCGCUGGUCAGAGCAGGACUGGAACCUCCUGAGGACGCUGGCCCGCUUGAGGAACCAGCACAGCAAGAGCGUCCUCAUCCGGAUCUUCGUCUCGCCCGACGACAAGAACUCCUCCAAAUACAUCAUCAAGCUGGAUCAAGCCUCCUUGUCACUGCCGUCUCGGGAGGACUACAUCACCAACUCCUCUGCUGCACAGGCGUACCGCGCGGCCUUGCUGAGCUUGAUGGUGGACACGGCCGUCAUGCUGGGCGCUCCCCAGAAAGCGGCGCGGGUCCAGAUGGAGAAAGCGCUCGACUUUGAGACCAAGCUGGCUCACAUCAUAAUUCCCUACGAGAACCGCACGAGCGAGAACAUGUACAACAGAUACACGCUGUCCCGACUGCAACGGCAGUUACCACAAUUGGACUGGUUGUUCUUCGUCAAGUCGGUUGUGGAGUCCGACAGCGACCCAUCUCGCGUCACCUCGUCCUCGGAACCAGUCAUCGUACGAGCCCCGCAGUACUUCAGGGACCUUGUUAAACUCAUUAACGCCACAGACCCAAGGACCGUGGCUAACUACGUGCAGUGGAGAGCCGUUUUUUCCAAGCUCACCACCCUCAGCCGCCGUUUCCUGUACAGAUACCUUGACUAUGCGAGGGUGACCACCGGAACCACUUCUCUGACGCCGCGAUGGGACAAGUGCAUCAACUAUAUCGAGAACGCGCUGGUCUACGCCACGGGCCGCCUCUUUGUCGACAACUACUUCCAGGAAGAUAAGAAACAUAUGAUGGACGAGCUGAUUGACGGCGUUCGCCGGGCCUUCAUCGACAUGUUGCAGAAAGAAAACGACUGGAUGGACGAGGCGACCAAGACGAGAGCCAUCGAAAAGGCUCACGCCGUCCUGGCCAAAGUGGGCUACCCAGAAUUCAUUCGCAAUGACACCUACCUCAACGAGGACUUGAAGGAGCUGGAUUUCAAUGAGAACGACUACUACGGCAAUGUGCUGCAGACGCUGAAGUUCAUCGCUCAGGCCGACGUGGCCUGGCUACGAAAGACGGUCCCGCGCACAGAGUGGUUCACCAACCCAACCACGGUCAACGCCUUCUACAGCUCCUCCACCAACCAGAUCAGGUUCCCUGCUGGCGAGCUCCAAAAACCCUUCUUUUGGGGGAAAGAGUAUCCAAGGUCUUUGAGCUACGGCGCCAUCGGCGUGAUCGUCGGACACGAGCUGACGCACGGCUUCGACAACAACGGGCGGAAGUACGACAAGGACGGCAACCUGGAACAGUGGUGGAGCAACUCGUCGGUGACGGCUUUCACAGACAAGACUCAGUGCAUGGUGGAGCAGUACAAUGACUACUACUGGGAGGAGGCGGGAUUAAAUGUCCGUGGUAAGAGGACGCUAGCAGAGAACAUCGCAGACAACGGUGGAAUACGACAAGCGUUCAAGGCGUACCGGCGCUGGGUGGAUGAGAGCCGAGGAGGUGUGGAGGAGCCUCUUCUACCCGGCGUGGGACUCGACAACAACCAGCUCUUUUUCCUGAGCUACUCACACGUCCGCUGCAACUCGUACAGAACCGAGGCCGCCAGAGACCAAGUACAAAGCGGUGCGCACAGUCCGCCAAAGUACAGGGUGAUCGGAGCAAUGAGUAACUUUCCCGAGUUCAGCAAGGCCUUCAGCUGCUCCGACUCGUCGGCAAUGAACAGAGGCGCACAAUCCUGCCGGGUGUGGUGACCUUUCACUUCAGCCUGAUCUUCCCCCCCGCCCCCCCUCCCCCUAACCGAGGCGUGGUGAGCUGGUGGGGAGGAGGGGCCAGAUGGUACCCGCCACGACCCCAACUUUUAUGCAUUCUUCACGGACAUCUUUGGGUUUGUACAAGCGGAAGCUUCGACAGACUUGAACGUAUUAUUAUUAUUUUGGCGGCCGUUAUGAUUAUGAUUGUUUUGUUUUUUUGGUACUAUAUUUUACUUUACUUGCCUUACUUUUAUGAUACUUGAUACUUACCCGAAUAUAUGACACUAAUCAUUGAGUGUUAAAAAUAUGAAUUCUACUUUUAUUUAUUUUUGAAAUGACAAAAAUAAAUGUGAUUAUU